AAUUUGCUCAUUGUAACCUGCCUCCUGCUGCUACCCCUUUUGUCUAUUCCAUUUCCAUCGCCGUUAUCAUCAACCCCUUCGGCUUUCUUUGAUCUACUCCCUUCUCUCUCUCUCUCUCUCUCUCCCUUCUUUUUUCCUGGUGUGUUUUCUUUGCCUUUCUCUGUUCUAGUUGUUUUCUUCUGAUCGAUCUUGGAAUAUUCAGGCUUGUUCUGCCUCCAGAAUCGUGAUUUAAUUUCUUGAUCAUAAAAGAUAGAGUAGGGUGUAUAUAUAUAUUGUUUGUAGCUACUAGUUACAUACAUACAUAUUUAUAUAAAGAGAGAGGAGGACAUGGGUGAUUCUUCUGCUUCAUACAUCCACAUGGUGCACCAUCUAAUAGAAGAGUGCAUCAUAUUCAACAUGAGCAAAGAAGAGUGCAUGGAAGCUCUGUCCAAGCAUGCUGACAUCAAACCUGUCAUUACUUCCACAGUAUGGAAGGAGUUGGAGAAAGAAAACAAGGAGUUCUUCGAGGCCUACGAGAAGAGAAGAGGAGAGAAAGCUGUUCAAGAAGGGGAUAAAAGCACGGGAUCCAAGACAUGAGUAAUUCUCAUCUCAUCUUUCCAGGUUAAUGGAGUAAAUAGCAUCAGCAGCAGCUGCUGCUGCUAAAACUUGAUUGUCAAAUUAAUAAAUAACGCUGUAUUUUGGCUAGAAUCUUCGAGUUUGCUAUCUGGCCAAACAGUAGCUGCAGCCUGAAGGUUCUUUCAGUAAUAUGCAUGGCAACUCUAGGGCAGAUUAAUAUUUAGAUAGCAAUCCUAGUAAAAAUAAGAAGAAAAAAAGCUCCUCCUAUCCAAAAUAUCAUAAGAUCAGGCGCCGCACGGUCCUAAAGCGAAAUGGACUGCCAAAACGGUGUAGUGUAGCGAGUCCUGUUUUGAUGUCAUAUUGGGAAUUGCGUGUCAACAUGUGGGAGUAGCAUGCGGUCAGGGGGUUGCAUGGAACCAUGACACGUUGUGUUAACGUGGCACCGCCCUCUUGACCUCUCUCUUCUAUAACGUCUGCGUCCGUUCGCCUCUGGCUCCCUCUGCCUUGUAAAUUUUUUGAUUUAGCUACCCAAUGAAAUUUGUUGUGUUGCAAUUUGCAUGUA